AUGAACAACACACACGGUGUGGAUUCGCGCAGUGAUCGAACGUCUCCCCAAGAUUUGGCUUCUGCCGAAGUGGCGGGGCUGCCUUUCUCGGCAUCACUUGGUACCAACAUAAGUACCGGCAGGGGUUCUGAGGCCGACGUCGCAGAGCCUAUUCAGGAGGCGGUUGACCGGAAGGUGAGCGAACUGGAUCUUGCCGCCUACGAUAAGGAUGAUUUCACUCAACCAAUGAUCAAAAAGAUCAUGAGUCGAUUAUUCUCAGCAUUCGAUGUGACGCAUCUUGGCUACCUCACGCCUGACAAAGUGGAAGAGGUAUGCAGGUACUUGGGCCGUAACAUGAGCGAUGGGGAUGUGAAGGCCAUGAAAGCUGAAAUCAAUGCUAUCGAUGGUCACGUGACAUUUGAGAAGUUUUGGGCGUGGUGGUGUUCCCAUCCUGUACAUUCCAGGACGAAAUGUUUCUCGAUGGUGUCUGCCGAUUUCUCCAUGCCGUAUCACCAGCAGCAGUUGGUUGUGCACGAGAAAGGUGAAAUGUACACACCCAGCUACCGCGUACUGUACUUCUUCAGGGAUUUGGAAACCGGUAGGGAGCGGCAGGUAUCGCCGUGGCAUGACAUCCCGCUGUAUGUACGUGAUCUUGUGCGAACAAAGCCCGAGGCGACACCAAUGAAUCGCUACAAUUUCAUCUGUGAGAUCCCUAAGUGGACGCGCGCAAAGUUUGAGAUCGCGACUGGAGAGUCAUUUAAUCCCAUAAAGCAGGAUAUCAAGAAUGGCGUACCUCGGUUCUACAAGCAUGGUGAUAUGAUGUGGAACUAUGGUGCGUUUCCACAGACAUGGGAGAGCACAGAGGUGUUAUUCGAGGCUGGGGUGACUGGUGACAAUGACCCCGUAGAUGCUGUUGAGAUCGGGAUGACGCAAUUCAAAGUCGGUCAGGUGAGUGCAGUAAAAGUGCUAGGUGUGCUUGGAAUGAUUGACGAGGGCAAGAUGGAUUGGAAAGUUGUUUGCAUAUCCCACAACGAUCCUAUAUGUCGUUUCAUGAAAGACAUCCAUGACGUACCGAAGUUCCUUCCUGGAUGUCUUGAUGCCAUCCGUGAGUGGUUCCGUGUGUACAAGAUUUGUCAGGGUGGUGAAGCGAGCCAUUUUGCUUUCGAUGGUGAAUUCAAGGACAAGGAAUACGCAAUGAAGGUGAUUGAUGAGUCUCACAACAUGUGGCAUAACUUGCUCAAGGUGAACAAGAGGGGAGAACUGUGA